GAAACUCGUUUACAAUUCAUAAUUGUUCUCAUGAACCCUGCUGAUUCGAACUCAACAAGCGUCCCUCUUUUAAGAAAUCAGAAUUUAAUACCAAAUAGAAGACAACCUACUCAAUGGAAGCAUCUUGCCAAGCCUUGUCUUAUUUUGAUUGCAAUUUUAGUAUUAUCCGCACCAGUUGCAUAUUCAUUAUCAGAGUUAAUAAUGGUGGCUCGUCAUAAAAGUCCGGCAGUUUCAAAUUUGAUAGAACUGCUUAUUCCAUCAUCGAAAACAUCAAGAACUACGACGAAAACAAAUGAUUCAACUAUGACAAAACUUGUUCAGAAAAGCGAUGAAAAUUUUUCUCCUCCUGCUGCAUUCUGUGGAAAGCGAAUUGUUGGAUACUUCGCAGAAUUCGAAAACACUGCUCUAACAAGAAAACAACUUCGAAUGCUUACACACAUUGUGUUCCUGUUUGCUUUUCCAAAGAAUGGAACUAUAACUUUUGGGGGUGAAAGUUCUAGCCAAAAAUUUGAGGAAAUGAGAAGAAAUGUAAGGAAGGCAAGCUCUACUUUGAAAGUAAUGAUCAGCAUAGGCGGACAGUACAACUCUGGUGAAUUUUCGGGAUUGGUGUCUAAUGAAACGUCACGAAAUUUGUUUGUCAACUCUAUUGCCACCUUUGUUCGAGAUUAUGAUAUAGAUGGAGUCGAUAUAUUUUGGACAUGGCCAAAACACAGCGAUGAGAACAACUAUUUAAUGUUUAUUCGAGAACUUCGAUACGCAUUCACGGAACUUCAAAAGAAAUUGAAUAGAAAAGAAACUUUUGUGAUCAGUUUAGUGAUCUCCAGGAAUGUCAACCAUUUAUCCAAAUUGGUGGAAUUCUCAAAUUUUGUUGACUUUAUUAACAUUUACUCGUUUAAUAGUUACUUAUAUCAAGUUGGACCAGACUCCCCAUUGUAUGGAGGAGGAAGUAGAAACGUCGAUGAGAUUAUGAAAUAUUAUAUUUGUAAAACUGGUCAACCAAGUAAAUUCAAUAUAAUUGUCUCGUUCCACGCAACAUAUUGGGAAGGUGCCGAAUUACCAUUACGAGAUGAUUCUGAUGAUAUAUUCAAAGACCAAAACUCGGCAAAAGGAGGAUUUGCUGUACGUUGGAGAGAGCUACUUCAACAGAAAUGGGACAUGAGCAACAUUAAAUUCCACAAUUUAACAAAAACCUCAUAUAUGUGGAUUCCUGGUCCACCUACCCGGUUUAUGACUUUAGAAGACGAAAAAAGUUUGAGAGAAAAAAAUCGAUAUGUUGCUGAUCAUAAUAUUGGAGGAAUAACCAUGUGGACAAUUGAUCAGGAUGAUGGUGAUCACACUCUUUUGAAAGUUGUAUCUUCUGCUGAAUUAUGCACUGGAGAUAGGAGGAAUGAGAUCAAAUACAAGUGUGAUUGAUUUAGAGUUCUAUUUUUACAUACAUGUUUUAUUUGAUUGGCUUUGUGAUGUUGAAAGUUAAAUAAAUUGCCAUACUGUAUUGCUGUUGGUUAUCUUUCUGCAAGUUAGAAAAAAAACUUUUU